CUGCUCCAAUUGGAGUCUUGAUGUAAACAAAGCUAAAAUAUAAUAAAAACUGCAUCUAACAAUGUCGCGCGGCGGCGAAUUGGUAUUUAAAACGAAGAAAACAUCGGAGAAGAUAUCAGAGAACAUACACAUAUUCGCCAACGAUCCAUCGCUGGCGUUUUUCCGGGUGCAAGAGCACGUUCGCAAGGUUUCCCCAGCGAUUUUCGAGAAACGCGAUGAAGUCUACCAGCUGCAAAAUAAUCUCCAGGGCCAUUGCUACGACAUGGAAUACGGCAUUCAAGCCCUGCGAACGAUUGAAAAGUCGGAGAGCGUAUUCGAGAACAUACAGGAAAUGAUCAAGGCUUCAAUAUUCCUCAAGCAGCAGCUGAAAUACGAGGAGAGCAGGAAGAAAGUGAAGAAGGACAGCACCAAAUCUUCCGUCUACAAGCGAUUCUCCGCCCAUCUGGCACUGGAUCUGCCGGAUCUACCCGACUUCGGUGGCGUCAUGCGGGAAACCAGCCAGCGGAUGGAGAACAUGAUAGGUCCUGGCACGGGAACAGGACGAACUGAGCCUCAGGCCGCGCCAUCCAGUAAUCCUGGGGAGCUCCAAAGAUCCUACACGACACUGCACUAGUUAGAUUGAUUCAUUGUAUUCAUAGUUAUGUAUGCUUUAGUAUUGUAAAAUAAAUGUAUUGUAAGUUUAUGUCUUAACA